AACAAAGAUUGAGAGAGAGAGAGAGAGAGAGAGAGAGAGAGAGAGAAUGGUGAACACAAUCAAGCUCUACAAGUCCUUGUUGCCAGCGGCGAUGAAGCUUGCCGGCGUGAGACCUCAAAAGAUCGAGAUCGAACCUGGAACCGUCAUGAACUUCUGGGCGCCAACCCGACCCCAAAGCAACGGGAACAAGAACGCUGUUGUCUUCCUCCACGGCUUCGCCGGCGACGGCAUGCUGACGUGGCAGUCCCAGGUCCUCCCGCUCGCGAGGAAGUACGACGUCUACGUGCCGGACCUCCUCUUCUUCGGCGGCUCUGCCACGGCCAGCAGCCACCGGACGGUGGACUUCCAGGCACAGUCCGUGGCGAAGGGGCUAGCGGUGCUCGGGUUGCAGCGGUGCACAGUAGUGGGGUUCAGCUACGGCGGAGCGGUGGCAUUCAAGUUGGCCGAGACGCGGCCCGAGCUGGUGGGGUCGGUGGUGGCGGCAUGUUCUGUGCCGGCACUGACGGAGUCGAUGAGCAAGGAGUGCUUGGAGAAAAUGGGGUUUCCGACGUGGUCGGACUUUUUGUUGCCUAAUUCAGCAAAUUCUGUGAAGACGAUGUUUGAAGUUGGGAGCUACGAGUUGCCCAGAAUCCCUAAUCGGGCUUUCAAGGACGGCCUAGAGGUCAUGUUUGACCACGAAAAGGAGAGAGCGAAGCUGCUGGAGGCUAUGGUCAUUCCAGGCAAGGACUUCACUUUGCCAGAGUACUCCCGGAGGGUCCAUCUGAUCUGGGGCGAAGACGACAAGAUCUUUAGUGUGGGACUAGCCAAGGAAUUGAAAGAAAAGUUGGGAAAUAAAGCAACAUUGGAGUGCAUUGAGAAAGCAGGCCAUAUCGCUAUGUUGGAGCGACCCUUCGUCUACAACAAAUGUCUGAAGAGAAUCCUUGCCUCCAUCUACGAGAAGAGGACUCUAGUUUAGCUCCGAUUGAACCAUGCUUAUAUGCAAAGCCAAUUAUUUGUUGAGAGUACGAAAACCUAUUAUAAAUUGCUUGGAUUAUACUCAUGCUUGAGAUGAAGAAUCUAUGUUUAAAAUUUGCGAA